AUGGAUCAGAGCGUCCCGGGGCCGGCCGCGGCCGCCUCAACGUCAGACUUCGACGUGAUGAGUGCCCUGGACUGGAAGGACGGCAUCGGCACCUUGCCUGGCAGCAACAUCCAAUUCUGUAUAAAUGAGUUUGGGAUGCUAGAGAUCAUCACUGAAGCCGAAGCAGAGGCCAUAAGGAUUCUGUCAAGCUUAGCUGCAAACGCUCGCCUUGCUUCUGCUGCUGCCGCCGCUGCCGCCACCCCUCGCACUGAUGUGAAAGUGCCUGGAGACGUCCUGCCCAGUCCUGCUUUCCAGGCCUAUAGCCAAAUGGAUAGGUUUGCGAAUGGCAGGUUCGGGACUCAAACGUGCUCUCAGCAGGAUGGGAGCAGCGAUACCGGCGACAUUCCAGCCGACUGCGCAAGCAGGGGGAACCCCAACGUCGGUGUUAGCUGCCAGGUGAAUGAGGCUGGCAGACCUGCCAAGCGGCCUCGAAGGAAGAGGAGGCUGCUGCUGGAGUACGAGGAGGAGCAGGAUUUUGCAGAUGAGGAUGAGGAGAAGAAUAAAUCAAAUAAUAUGAAAGGCCGCAGAAACACUAAGCCAGUAAAACAAGCUGUUCCUGCGAAGAAGGCAGUGUGGAACUGGGGUUCCUACCUGGAAGAGGAACAGAUGAUAGCUGCUCCCCUGAAGCUCUUCAGAGAGUAUCAAUCGUUCCCGCAAGGCCGAAAUGGAUUUAAAGCCGGAAUGAAAUUAGAAGGGCUGGACCCCGAACACCCAUCUCGAUUCUGUGUCCUUACUGUGGCUGAGGUCCAGGGCUACAGGCUGCGGUUGCACUUCGACGGCUAUCAGGAGUGCUACGACUUCUGGGUCAACGCCGAUUCCUCAGACAUCCACCCCGUCGGCUGGUGUGAAAAAACAGCCCAUAAGCUGCUCCCCCCUAAAGGCUUCAAGGAAGAAGAAUUUAAUUGGACUUCAUAUUUGAAGAAUUGCAAAGCUCAAGCAGCUCCAAAAAGCCUUUUCAAGAGCCUUAGCGCACCUGUCACCCCUUCUGGAUUUCGUCUGGGAAUGAAGCUGGAGGCAGUGGACAAGAAGAACCCGUCGCUGAUGUGCGUCGCAACCAUCACUGACAUGCUGGAAAACCGCCUGCUCAUUCACUUCGAUAACUGGGAUGAGAGCUAUGACUACUGGUGUGAAGCCAGCAGCCCCUACAUUCGUCCCGUUGGUUAUUGCCAGGAAACUGGAACUCCACUGACGACACCACCUGGAUACAAGGAUUCCGAAGGUUUCUCCUGGGAGAAGUAUUUGGAAGAGACUAAUUCUCAGGCAGCUCCAGCAAGAGCAUUCAAACUGCGUCCUGCUCACGGAUUCCAGGUCGAUAUGAAGCUAGAGGCUGUGGACAGACGGAAUCCCAUCCUGAUAAGAGUGGCGACUGUAGCUGACAAAGAUGACUAUCGAAUCAAGAUACAUUUUGAUGGUUGGGACCAUAUUUAUGAUUUCUGGGUUGACGUGGACAGCCCAGACAUUCAUCCAGUUGGCUGGUGUGCAAAGACUGGCCACGCUUUGCAAGUCCCACUAGGUGCUGCUGUUCCAGUGGGAACCGCGGGACAGAUGUGUCCUACUCCAGGCUGCCAGGGCAUCGGUCACGUCAAGGGACCGCGAUACGGAACUCAUUACACCUUAGUUGGCUGCCCAUAUUCCGAUGUGAAUCUCAACAGAGAAAACUUGCUGCUGGACCGUCUGAGCGGGGAGAGACCUGCCCCUAGCCAAAGCAUCCAGAAAAUCAGGAGACCAGAAAUGGCUGCUCCAUUUCUUGGGGGAGCAGGCGAGUCUUCUCAGGAGGACUCUCCCCAUUCCAGGAAAUCUGUACAAAGCAGUGAAAAAUCCUGCCAGUGCAGCCUGUACAGCCUGUCGGAACAGUCUGAAAACAGUCAGGAGAGAGACUGGGCAGAAGAGGAAUCCUCCACAUCUGACAAAGCCAAACCAAAACAGCUCGGGUGCUCACACGCCUAUAUAAAGUUACAGCUGGUGAAACAAGAAGGCGACGGAAAAGCCGCGGAUCUCGACCUGCAGCAGGCCCUGCACCAGUCCAUCUUCAUGCCCUCCCUGGCGUCCAGCCCCAGCCGCCGCCUGCAGCUCUGCUGGGAGCAGCACUGCCGGCUCUUGCCCGCGGUCUCGGGGCUCACGGCCAAGGACGUGGCCGCCUGGUCGGUGGAAGAGGUGGCAAACUUCAUCCAGCGCCUGCCUGGCUGCAAGGAGCAAGCACCGAUAUUCAGGGACGAGCAAAUAGACGGAGAGGCCUUUCUACUCAUGAACCAGACCGAUCUAGUUAAAAUACUCGGCAUCAAGCUGGGCCCGGCUCUGAAAAUCUCCAACGCCAUCCUCAUGCUCCGGUCUGCGGAAGAGCACUGAGCAGAGCCCUUUGCCAGAGCCCAGCACCGAUUUGCAGGGAACAAAUCUUCAGUUUAAAGGGUGUUAUGAAGUGCCAAACAGGCAGAUUAGGACUUAGGCAUAUUUUAAGUAGAAUUUGUUAUAAGUAUUUUGAAGACAUAAAAAUCCUGCCACCAUCUGGAAUAUGGGGCAGCUUCGCUUUCAAGAAGAAAUGAUUAUAUUUUUUAAUUGAAUUUGGUUUUGAUAUAUCAAUCUCUCUGAGGAGAUCUAGAAGAAACCUCCAGUUAUAAGGGGAAAUCUAGGGUAGCAUUGGUGGAGCUGCGACAGGAAGAAAAAGCUAUGAGUGAAAUGCCUGCUGUGUGCAAUGACAAUGCCUGAAAGAGAGACUGAAUUAUCACCAGCGUGUUUAAUAUAUGUAUAUGUACAGUCAUAUGUAUAAAAACUCUGAGAAGGGAGUGAAAAAAUAGGGAAAAUCUGCACUUCAGACAACUCGUCUGCAUCUUUCAGAAAUGUGACUCAAGAACUGACAUUUUCAAGACUGAUUUUUAAAUUCCAGUUUCUCCUGCUGAUCUUACAAGUUCAGAUCCUGCCUAAUGGACUCUUUGCACCAUAUUAGAGGACCCCAUCAGGACUUUCGGGCCGUGGCAAAACGAGACCAUCAGGUGCCCUUGCGAGCUGGCUGAAUUCAUCCGCGCUCUCCUCGCCGUCGGCCGCCUGCUAGGAGCACUGCAAGCUGAAACGCCAGCGGCCAGCGGACACAGAUAGGUGCAAGCACGUCCUACACACGAUUUGCUUUUAUUCCCUACAAGGAGAAUCUUAGGGAGUUAGUGCUGGGCUUUGACAGCCUCCAAAGGGGCUCUCCCUUGUACCAGUCGGGUGCUUUAGCAGCAGGGCACCGAGAGCUCCAAGCCUCUAUGGGAAGCCAGGCAGAAGCUGAAGGGAGAUCUCAGCAGAGGAGGUCAAGGUUCGAACAAACAGCGAAACCACAAGCGAAUGAUCCUCCAAAGAGAGCAAAUCUGUAUCCAGGAGGAGGGGAGGCUCGGGGCUCUGCUGCAGGGAGCAACCCGUGCGCUUUGCUGGCCGGAGCAGAGCACCAGUACUCCCUGCUGCUCUGAGAAUGGGAGCAGGGUUUUCUGAGCGUGGCCUGUCCCAGGCGCAGGACUCCUGCCCCACUGCCAGGGCCCCUCUCCCGCCUGGAAGCACAGGGAGAAGUGCUCUGCACCCCAGGGGCCCUCUCAACCCUUCCCUUUGUGCCUCGCAGCGUGCGGGGCUGCGCCCCAGGCUCCCGCGGCUCCGUGCGGGACGGACCAAGCCCUUCUCCGUGCCGCGUUCCCCAGCGUGGGCGAGCUCCCCAGCCCAGCUUGCAAGAGGAUCUCAGGGCACUGCCCGAUGCCGCAUGAUCCGUCCACCCGCGGAUGCCUCCGACUGCCUCCUGCUCUUGGCAUCUUUAUUCCCAGUGUUGUUGCCUUAGUCUUGGGACUGCAGUUGCUCCAGAACUGAAGACCAACGUGCUCUAUGCACUGGUGGGAUGAUGCAAGAAGCCCUCCGCUUCAUUUUUCCUUUCUCCGUGUCUUUUGUCCGACCUUCCAGCUCCUGAGAGGUCCCGGUGACCUUCCGAAAGUAAUAAGUUCCUUAAAAUUGUCAGCACAGCAGAAUCGGAGCUGCUGAAUGCAUUCAGCCCUGGAUUAAUGUACAGAGCAAUUUGUCUCCAUACUUUCUAUUUUUGUAUAAGAAGUUAAGGACUUUAAGCCUUCUACGUACGGAUGGUGGGAUGUAGAACACCCAAAAUCCUAAAUAACAGUUCCCUGCACAGGCAGCUGCAGGAGAACUUAGUAAUUUAACACAGGCUAGACAAGCUACGACU